AUGCAUAUUCUCGUCACCAACGACGAUGGCCCUCCCUCGACCGGCUCCUCGCCGUACGUGCACUCCCUGGUGCGCGCCCUUCAGAAGGCCGGCCACACCGUCUCCGUCUGUCUGCCCGCCUCUCAACGCUCUUGGAUCGGCAAAGCCCACAUGAUCGGCCAGACCGUGAAGCCAACUUACUACCGGCCGCCGCCCGUCUUCGACCCGCGGACUUCAGCAUCCGACCUGCAGCAGGGCACGAUACACGCACGGCCAUCCAAGGACAGAAGCAUAGAGGAGUGGAUCUUGGCCGACGGCACCCCGGCCAGCUGUGCGCAGCUCGGUCUGUACCACUUCUUCACGCACAAGGAGCCGAUCGACCUGGUCGUCUCGGGACCAAACUAUGGCCGCAACACAACCGCCGUCUUCGGUCUGAGCUCGGGGACGCUGGGUGCUGCUUUGGAGGCGGCCGUGUGCCGACGCAAGGCGAUUGCCCUGAGUUAUGCCUUCUUCCGUGAUCAGAACGACCCUCACCUGCCUGAGAUUGUUGAGCAGGGCUCUGUCCACUCAGUUCGAGUCAUUGAGAAGCUCUAUGCGCAGUGGCCCGAGGACAAGAGCGUGGACUUGUACACGGUCAAUGUGCCGCUGAUUGAUGGCGUAGGAAAGAACAAGGUGCUGUUCACCGAUAUGCUCGCAAACUACUGGGCCGAGGGCCGCGCCUGUUUCCAAGAGGUUGAGGGAAGCGUUGGCGACGAGGAAGAAGAGGAGGAGAGGAUAAGAGAAGCCGAGGGACAACCGAAGGAUGUUACUGCCGCGCAGACGACAAAAGAAAACGAGGGUGCCGAGUAUCCGCACCGCCACUAUAAGUGGGCGCCGCAAAAGAUGAUUGCCGACGUGAACCAGAGCAUUCUGGAUGCCGAGCCUGGCAAUGAUGGCUGGGCGGUGAUGCAGGGCUACACCAGUGUCACGCCCAUGAAAGCAAACUUCUGGCACGCUGCGACAGAGUUGCACGGAAAGGAAUUGACCUUGGGUUCGGCCGAGCCAGAAACAACUUCAACGCAAGAGACGACCCUUUCGCAUCGGCCGAAAGACCAGUUUCAUGCACUGAUCGACUAUGAAGACCCUUAUGUCCAACCUCUGAUCCUCUCUGCCUUUCAGAAGGUGAUUCCCACAUCCUCCUACACUUUGCUCACGGCACCGGAAGCGAAGGAAACAGAGCAGUCAGAAAUUGCCAUUUCAAAGUUGCUUCCAUCCGCAGACUCUCGUGUUCUUCAAAUCACCUCCUACGAGUCCAUUGACUGGGACUUUGCUUCGAUGCACGAGUCGACAUGUCUGGUGAACUCGUACAUGUUGCGCAAGGCUCUCAUUCGAAAGCAUUACCUCAGCAGCACCAUUGAGAAUUGGACGGCAAAAAGGCCAGAGUCCAUUCUCAAGACUCACGUCAAGAGGGGUGAUGCUUUUGAGCUCGACUAUGCCGAGUUUCUGGACGAUGCUUUGGUGGAGGCCUUUGACCUGCGAGCCAGUUUGGAGCGAAAUGAAGAACAGACCGAGGAUGGUACAGAGAAGAGCAAGGAGGCGCGGGAAUGGUGGAUUCUCAAGCCCGGCAUGAGCGACCGUGGCCAGGGCAUCAGACUGUUCAGCACGAUGGAUGAACUACAGGGCAUCUUUGAAGAAUGGGAGGAAGACAUGCCAGACAGCGAUGAAGAAGAGGAGGCAGAUGACGCAACUGCUCACCCCUCAGGCAAUGGCCAUGAUGAUGACGAAGAGGAAGGCGACGGCAUCAUGACCUCGCAUCUGCGUCACUUUGUGGCACAGCCCUACAUUCACCCGCCACUGCUGCUCCCAGACUCUGGAAACCGCAAGUUCCACAUCAGAACGUACGUGCUGUGUACGGGAAGCCUGGACGUAUACGUCUACAAGGACAUGCUUGCGCUAUUCGCCGGCAAGCCGUACGUGGCACCAUGGGAGCAAGGCGGCGAGGACCUCGAGGCGCACCUCACCAACACAUGUCUGCAGCGAUCUGUGAGCGACGGCACAGUGCGGCGAUUCUGGGAUUUGGAGCUGCCGUCCACCUCCGCCGCCGCCGCUGGCGGUCCGUCCAAGGAGGGCAUCUUUGAGCAGAUUUGCGGCGUCACAGGCGAGGUGUUUGAGGCAGCCGCCCGAGGCAUGAUGAUGCACUUCCAGCCGCUGCCCAACGCGUUUGAGCUCUACGGGCUCGACUUUCUCGUCGAUGCCGCCGGUACCGCUUGGUUACUCGAGGUCAAUGCAUUUCCCGACUUCAAGCAGACGGGCGACGAGCUCAAGGAGCUGGUCGCCGGGCUAUGGCAAGGCGUCAUGAGUGUCGCGGUUGGUCCCUUCUUUGGACUGGACGCGCCAGCUCAGGACGGAAGAUUGGUGCAUGUUAGAAAUGUUGACUUGGGAAGACGCUGGGGAUCGUAA